UGUCAGAAUGAUGUCAUCUUCUUUUUACGGAUACUGGCAAAUUGCCAGACUAUUGUUUCCAUGCCCCCGUUUAGUUCACUGCUCGUUGAACCUAGGAAGUCCUCAAUAGAUGGGGUUAGAAAGUAAGCAAUUUUAUUUGAAAUGCUGGAACAUUCCACGUGUCAACAAUGGCUGAUAACAAUCACUUAUUAUUAUAAAGUUGUUAUAUAUAUAUACACAGAAAUCGUUAACUGUAAAUUUACUUACUGUUCUCUAUCAGUUGAAGAUACAGAGUAUUUUAAAAAUGAGUGAUAAAACUUUUACAAGUCUUAAACAAUAUGAGGAGGCGGCAAAAGAAAAGUUAGAUGAUUUAACUAACAGUUAUUUUUAUAAGGGACCAAACUCUUCAGCAGGAUUGAAAAGAAAUGAAGAAGCAUUGCAGAAAGUGUUCUUAUGUCCAAAUAUUUGUGUUGACGUUAGUAAACGAUCCACCCAAAUAACUCUUUUGGGUAAAGAACUCUCCAUGCCAGUUGGCAUAGGACCUUGCGCUUUACAUUCCCUAACAAAUAAAGAUGGAGAAUUGGCUACAGCAAGGGCUGCUGAAUAUUCAAAAGUAUUAUAUGUCGUAAGUCAGUAUAGUACUCAACCCUUGAGAGACAUAAGAAAAACUGCUCCAAAUACAUUGAUUUUUAUGCAAAUCAAUAUGCUGUCAGAAGAAUUUAUCACAAGGAGCUACAUCGAGGGCAUUGAACGCGAAGGAGUGAACGGUUUUGUUUUAACACUAGAUCACAAUUCGUUCAGUCCUGACAGACCCACUCUAAACGAAGAAUUUCGAAGUACUGUUUACUUGCCUAAUAUGCCUGAGGGUUUUUGCGAUUAUGCAAAAGCAGCCAACUCAGUUAAUAAGUGGACAAAUGAUUCUUAUACAUGGGAAUCUGUUAAAAGAAUAAUGACGUAUACAACUUUACCCAUCAUUGUUAAAGGUAUUCUCUCACCAAAAAACGCAAGAGAAGCUAUUAAAACUGGUGUUGCUGGUAUUUGGGUAUCUAAUCAUGGAGGAAGAAAUAGUUCCGAUUACCCAGCUACAAUUGAUGCUUUUAGAUCUAUUGCUCCAAUUGUUAAAGCAUCAGGAAUUCUUUUAUUCGCCGACGGUGGAAUAAGAACUGGAGGUGAUAUCUUAAAAUUUUUAGCUCUUGGAGCUAAAAUGGUAUUUAUAGCUAAGCCAGUCAUCAGUGCAUUAGUUGUAAAUGGAAGCGAAGGAUUAAAUAGUGUGUUUUCGCUAUUAAAAAGUGACCUUGAAACAAAUAUGGCGAUGUGUGGCUAUAAUUCGAUAGAUGAAGUGGAUCAAAAUUGUUUAUGGGACAAUCGAUCAAAUAUUUAGAUUAAGUAGAUCGGACCAACUGCUAAUCUAUAGCCAACGAAUAUAUUUUAAUAUAUAGAGUUAUACAUUAGUUAGUGAAUUUAAUCAUUUGAACAUAUCUUAAACAUGAAAAAUAAGAUAUCUGUAAUCUAUUUCAAUAUCUAUAAAUAAAUAUGUUUUUUCUUAAUCGUGCCAUUCGCCAGGUAAUUUUAUUUACUGGUUUCGUAUGAAAUAAUUUUGCUAAUGCUGGACUUUAUUUUCCGUUCUGGUGACAGGCACUAUCCUUGAAAAUUGAAUAUUUAAUGAUAUUUUUGUAUUUUUGUGACACAUCAUCGCGCUUUGAACGUAAUUUAAAUUAUUUAAUAGUUGUUUGAAAGUUUAUGACAGCGUUUACAUAGUCCAUAAUUUUGUCACCCAGUGCUGCUGAAUUAUCAAUCAAUAUGAAUUAAUAGAAUGUUCUAUCGUUUUUUUUAAUUAUUCUGUCUUAACAUUAUUAAUAGCUUUAGUAUUAGAAAGCGGCUUUAGGAUCUAUUCAAUACUCCUGGAACUAGCUGGAAAUAAUGUAUAACCUUGAAAAAAAUUUUAUUAUUAAAGGACGAAUGAAGAAUAGGGCUAAGAAAUUAACGUUUUGACAUGAAACACUACCAAAAUAGGUUAUUUUUGUUUUAUACUUUGGAUUGAUUUAUAGAAUAAUCGUAAAAAAAAACACGACAAACUCAAUUAAAUACUAUUUAAUGUCUUUCAUUCUCUAACUUUCCCUUUCCUCCCUUAAGUAAGUUGCUACUCUCGGUUUAUCAGCUACUUUUAAUUUUCCUCCUCUUCUUGUGCCCUUAUAGACACGACCACCUUGUGAAACGUCUUCUUCGUCUUGUGUAUCACUUGUAUUCCCUCCCAUACCCAUUGUAGCUAGAAGGUUAUCGAACGAUUUAUUUUCUUUUGUUAUUUGCUGAGGAAACUGAGGUUGUUGACCAAGUAAAAAUUGUAAAGGGAGUAAUUGUUGCUGAUUCAUCGAGUUCAUAUCAAAUUGACUGAGUUGACUGGGGAAAUUACAUGGUAAAGGCAUACCCAUAAGCGAUUGUCUCCCUAAACUACUCAUAUUCAUUUGACUUUGUAAUAAAUUUGCAAUGUUCAUAACGCUUUGCGCAAGUACAUUAUUAUCAUCGUCAAUGUUACUACGUCGACCCUGGGAUGCUACAGUUGAUUCUUUUUUUAAAAUAGGUUUCGUAGCCGCUUCGUGUUUUUCAGUUUCAUCUAGUAUAAUACCAUAUUUACUAAUAGACAUUCUCGGUUUAUGAUCAUUCAUUGGUUGAGCUUGGUUAGGUGGAGUUGAUUGUUGCUGUUGAGAAGGUCGUUUAGGAGUACUUUUUUCAUCGCCAACAGUAUUACUUAAGAAAUUAUUGAACCAUCCCAUUUUAUAAGCGAAGAAAGCCAGACAACUUUAAAUAAAAGUGAAUUUACAAAGCUAAAAUAUCUAUUUAGAUCCUUAGUUAAUUAGUUCUAUUAGCUUUGUAAGUACACCUUAUAAAGCUAAAUACGCCAAAUAUUGAUAAUACUAUAACAACUAUAUUAGCCAUACUAUCUUCACUUUCAGCUUCUUUUAAAUUAGACCACUUUUUUACAACUUCUCUUUUUUUAUUUAAUUCAAAAUUCGAUUUUGUAGUUGUUGUACUUGUAGAGUAUUUCAUAGUAAUUUCACUUGUAUAAUAUACAAACUUUUUUCCUCUCAUUACGUAAGAAGAUUGCAACUAAUCGAAUAGAAUUAUAGGCAAAGAAGAAUAUCCAGAAAAAAUAAGUCACGAAACAAAUGAGGAAAAAGUGAAGAAGAAAACGAAAAUGUGUUAGAGAAGUAUGUGGUGAUAAUUAUACUUGAGCGUUUAAAUAGAAGAGCGUCUAAAAGAAAAACUAAAGGAAGGAAUAGAAUUUAAAUAUUGAUGUUAUUACUUCAUUUUUUGAAAUUAAUAUGAAAUCUUUUGUUGAUAUAUUGUUGUAAAUUUAAAAAAAAAUGGCAAUAUAUAGUUUAUAUAAUUCAAAGAUUAACUUACAAUCCUAAAUAUGGGAUUAAAGAAUCUAUACUAACUCUUCUCUUUUUCUUAUUUGUUUAUUUUAUUUAUGAAAAUUACGAUUCUUAUUUAGCUUAUUGAUUGAUAAUUGACAAGUUAUAAUAAUUAAUACUGUAUAAUUUACAAGGCCUAAUCUAAUUUAUCCUGUUAAACAAAAAGAAAGACACAGGAUAGGAAGAUGAUUCAUGCUAAAUGUAAGAUGUUAUGUUUACAUACAAUUAUGAAAUAUGAAUGAUGGAAAUAUGGAUAAAUAUAAACUAUUAAAAAUACACAAAAUUGAUUUAUUCAAGUGUUUCUUUAUCAAAAUGAUUUAAAUAGCAAAUAUCAACUUAUACUGUCUUGAAUAACUAUUUAAUGUCGCACAGUAUGGCAACACCUCUCAUUAUCCAAUGAUCACACGAUUGAGGCAGGAAUAUGCUGUCGAACAAUGGAAUUUAUCUUUCUGGAUAGCGUAGACGUGUAUGAUUGGCAGAGGAGAGAAUAGAAUUUUAUUGACAGCUUCAGUUAAUCUUGAAUUCUUUCGAUCCCACCCGGCACCUUCUAAAUACAAGCCGUAUAUAUAAACGCCCUCCAAAGGACCUUGAAUAACGUCUUCCUUUAGGAGUUUUGUUACAUCAUUUGAUAGGACAACAGAAUCUAGCGACCAUCCUUUAUGACUUCUAGUAACUUCUUGUCUCAUAGCAGUUAAAAAUCCUUGUGGAUUGAAGAAACCCGCCAACCAAAAUGAGUUAGGUCUACCCGACUUAAGCCAGGAUGUUAAAUGUUCAUGCCUGUCUAAGAGUUCACUAAACCAAAAUCCGAGAGUGGAAGAUUCCCAAGAUAUUCUAAUCCAUUGUAAUGGAAUUUUAGCAUCGUAAAUACUAUUAAAAGCAUCUUUUAAUUGAUCAGACAUGAUUAUCGUUCCCUCAAUUGCUAGUUUUAAAUUUGUUAAUGUUAUUCUCAUAGUUGAGAUAACUUUAUAAAGUCUAUCAAUCUCUUGUUUUAAGAAAAUAUUUAAUGGUUGAAUGUUUCCCAUUCUAUUUAAUUUCUGUUUGAUAUCUUGAAAAUCAUAAUCUAUAGGUAAUUUUGUUAGGAUAUCUUCCGCUAAACGAUAGACAACAGUUUCUCUAGUUUCUCCUACAUCUUCCCCACCAACCGAUUCUUUUGGUUGAAUUGAUAAAAUUCCAUCGAGGACAUCUUUAGCAAAAUUGGAUUGUUUUGUUAUAUCAGCAUUUGAGUGAAGUCCAAAUGCUGUAGGAUGAUCAACUUUUGGAAGAGAGUCAAUAAAUGUUAAAUACUCUGCUGAAGUAGUACAAAAUGGUAGGCUAUAGCCUUGAGAAAAUGUAAAAUCAUCAUGGAAAAUAUCAUCAGAAAACCAUACUUUUAUUAGGGUUUUAAGGAGAUUUUUAUCGUAGUCAUCGGUCACUCUUCCUCCAUAAUGAACCUCACUAAUCAUAUAGCGGAUUGUUGUCCAAGAAAUACCAAUUUUAUAUGCAUCAUCCAAAUGAUUUUGAAUAAAUUGAAUACAAGCAUUCCAGUCUGAUUGGUUGAAAUCAUAAGGAAUAUUCCAUCCCAGAUAGCCAAACGUCCGUCUUUCUUGAAUAACCGAAUGAAGGAAAGAAAUUGCAUAGAGAAGAGGCUUCCAUUGCAUCAUAUUCGACAUAUCUAGUACUUCUUGAGUAAUACUUCCAUACGUUCUCUUCAGACCAGCCCUAAUUCCCUCAGGUGGUUCAUUAGUAAAUCUAGUAGAAAUUUGUAAAAGUGUAAUAGGAAACUUUUCGUGUACUUCACUUGUCAUCCAUAAUCUAAAAGAUGGAUGAAUGUGCUCAUUUUCUAACAAUCUGUCUACCAAUUCAAUCAUGAAACUUAAGCUUAAAUGGCAAUUUUGUAAUAAAAUCCAGCCACCGUCUAUCAUAAAUUGUUUUAAAAAUUUAAUUGCAUAUAUCUCUUGACCUUGGCCCAUAGAUAUAGUUCUAACUUCAGUUUGCUUAGAUUUAGCUAAGAUUUCUAUUAAUGCAGUAGGAUCUGAUCCCAUAGACAAUAGGCAUAGCAUAGGAGAUUUUGGAUCGCUAUCCUGGUAGAUUCUCUCCAAAUCGAGUAACACCGGCUGAGUAUAUAUAUCACCAAGAGAAUCGGCAACAUAUUUUCUAGCUUGAGAUAUGGUCCUAUCAGGACACCAGGACCUAAUCAAUAGCAACCUGCGAAAAGAAUCUAAGGCUUUUCCAUAACUUUUUGGUAUUUCCUCUUCCUCCGGUUCAUCUUUUUCAAACCAUAAUUUCCAAGCUUUUUCAUUUAGCUUUAUAUGUUUAAUUAUAUCAUUAAAAGUAUUUAAACUACUCAAAGAUACUAAAUUCAACCAAGCAUGAUCACUAAUCCAUUUAGCUAUUUUAGGUUCAGUAGAUUUGAUAUCCAAAUUAGCACCUCCUUUAAUUAGGAUCUCAAAUUCAUUCCUUUUGACAUAAUUUCUGCCCAAAUCAAUUUUUAAAGUAAUAAGCAAAGUAAAUAAAAAUCUAUGCUUCUCAUAUAAUCCAGUUACAACAAAAUGAUACACUUGUUGGGUUAAUGUAUUAAUUAUAGACCUAAUUCUUUUCCCUUGGACCAAUGAUCUUUCACUCUUCAUUAAAGAAUUAUCAAAUAUUUUAAGAAAUUGUCUCAACGAUGUUUGAUACAUAGGAUUUAACAUUGACAUAUCGCAAAUAAGAAAGUAAAGUAUUGAACCUCUAGUUGCAACUAAUUUAUAUUCAUUUCUUGCAGAGUUUAUCUUAAUGGUGGUCUCUGCAGCAACUUUUAAUUUUUGUUCAAUUUCUCCCGCCAUUUUCUUAGUUACGUUUAAAACUUCUAUUAACUCUCGAUUCUCAAUUAAACAGCCAGUACUAUCAGUUAAUUUUUCUAAUAAAUCAGAUUCUAAUUCCUUUAUUCUCCUAUUGUUAUUUGAAAUUUCUUGUACAAGAGCAAUUUUCUCUUUUUCUAGUUCGGCUCUCUCCUGUUGUAUAACUCUACCUAGGAGUUGAUCUUCCAAUCCAGUCAUUGUAACUGUAAAAUCGAUUGUUGUGGUUGAGGCAGAAAUUUCUGGACUAAACACUGGAUUGGGUAAUUUAGUUGUAAUGUAUAAUCGAAAAUUUGGAUCGAAAUCAACUUCCUUAUCUCCCAAGCAUAUUUUAAAGUUUCUUCCUAUCCUUAUAAUAUUGUUAUCUAGAAUAUUAUCAAGAAUAGGAUCUAAUUCUUCUCCUACAUCCUCUAUCAAUAAAGGUCUCCCCAUUGAUAAACAAUCUUCAAGAUGAUUUCUAAAAUACCUGUGUGAUAAAUGAGUUAUUUGAAGACCGUUUAUAGCUCCUUUAUUUUUUAGCCAUAAUUUUCCUUGCAUUUGUGGAUCAAUAAGGAGGGGAUAUCUUCCUGAAGAUGAGCAUAUAAUACCAUUCUAUAUUUUAAAAGACGUGAUCGUGUUAAUUGAGCCUAAUUGGAUACUUAAUUACUGUUAAUUUAAAGGUAUUAAAUCACGAUCAAGUCCCUGAAGAGAUAAUUCAUCAUUCGGUAGACCUUGUAAAUUCCAUUCGCCUAUCGUUGCCAAAUCGGCCAAAGUACUAAUUAGAUCGAUGUCAAUCGUAAAUGGUAUUUUAGCCUUUUGUAAUUGCUCCCUCCAUGACGUAAGUAAGAUAUUUCUAUAUUCUUGAUUGAAUGGUCCGCAGUAGUUAAUGAAAGCAAUGCAUAUUACGCAAUCGCCUAUUAUAUUUCGCUUUUGAGCGUUAAAAUGUCUACUUUGUUCAGUCCAACGAAGUUUUUCUCCAGAAAGGGCGUUUAUUAACUCAUUUGACAUGUCUAUCUUUUCCUGACACAUUUUGGCAUCGUCCAUUAAACGACGCUUUUCCAUUUCAGCUUCAUUAUACAUCUUCUGCACUUCAGCUAAUUCAUUUUCCUUACUGUCAAGUAAUACUUGAGCAGCAUCUUCUUCCCGUUUUGCCGUAAUAAAUCUUCCUUCUUGAACAGCUAAAUUAAGCUUAAGCGGUAUAACUUCCUUAUUUACUUCAUAGAAAUUUCUCAUUGCUCUAGUCCAUGAACAAAGUCCAGCAACAUCUCCGCACAUUCGUCUAGCCACCUCAAUAUUAUAGUCGUCCGCUUCUAAAUAAGGUAAAAGUAGUUCAACCAUUUCCCCAUUAAUUGUAUCCUUUGGAAAAUUCUUUAAAUCAUUUAAAAACGACGACUGACUCAUUGCUUUUAAUGAUUCGUUCCAUGAUGGUUUUAUGCAUGAUCUUUCUUGAUCAAACGUAACUUUAUCCAAUUUCCUUCUUAAAAGUAUUAAAACACAAUCCAUAAUUCUCAUAAUCAAAUGAGGUGGUUUACCCAAUUUUUUAACAACUUGUAUAUCUUGCGCUUUUAUUGUUUUUAAGGCAUUCUCCGCUUCUUCUAAAGCUGGUUUAGCCGCUUCUAAUUUACUUUCAGCGGCAGCUUUCUCAAUACUUAUUUCGUCUACAAUUGACGCGGCUUUGAUCUUCAAUUUCAUUACUUCAGUUUUGGCAAUUUCCGCCUCUUUUUUGUUUAUCGUUACACGAGUUAGAACGUCGUCUGCCAUUUCUGUUGCUUUUCUUAAAUAUAUCUCCUUUUCCGCCAAUUCUUUGUUUAACAUGUCGACGCUCUGAGAAGCUUCGGCCAACUUUUCUAAACCAGUUAGGAUCCUUUUUUGGGUAUCAUUAACAUCUGACAUUUUUUUUGUAUAAUAUUGUUUAUACAUGUUUACGAAAGUCAAGUAAGUUUUAGGAGUUGUAAAGGUUCUUCGACGAAAUCUUUUGAAGUAUUCGUAGCAAGACGAGGACACUCUAUCAUGUAUUGUUCCGAUAACAUCAACAAGACCAUCUUUCAAUUUAUCAUCUCCCAAAACUUCUAAAUCGGAUAAAAUUUGAGAGCCAACAGCUAUGAGAGCAUCCUUCGGCCAUUCCUGAAACCAGUUAAGUGUACAGCCAGAAAUAAGACCAGGAAAUUUCAGUGAUCUGGAUCGAAAUUUUUCGCCGACCGGACUAAAACAAAGAAUAACAUGAAGAUUCUUUCUACAUCUUGAUAUAAAGAAAUCAUAAAGAUUCUCGAAAGUUAUCAAUUUUUUUGGAAAUUCUCUUUUCAUUACAGGUAUAAGAUCUUGGGUAAUUUCUUCAAGUUCAUCCUUCUGGAACAAAUUUGAUACUUCACCAGAACUAAGUAAAUUAUUUAACAAUUCAAGAAACGAUUCCUCCUUAAUAUCGUUAUCGGUAAAUAUAAAUGCCACCCCCUUACCAUCUUUCCCUGAGAGUUUAUGAAGAGUUUUUAAAUCUUCUAUGAAGUUAGUUAUGUUAUAAGCUCUUGUCAGGGUAAUUCUAAAUGUUUUUAAUCCUUGUAUAAAAGAGGCUAAUCUUGUUAACGACUGUUUUCCAGAGCCACCAACUCCAACAAGCAACAUGUUUCCAUUUUCAAAACCAAAUAUCCUAGUUAUUUUUAUUAUGUGGAUAACAGCAUCCCUAAAUAGGACUAAAUUCAUGUUAGCUCCUCUUAUUUGUUCAUUCAUAUUAGACAUAAACAUUUUUAUCCUUUCUGUCAAUUCUUGCCACGAAUUAACUAAUUCGUAUGGUCUUGAAAAUUGCGCUUCAAAUUCAUCAAAGUCAUCUUCACACUCUGGAGGAUCUCUCAUAAAAUUGACGAAAUAUGGCUCAUUGGGUAUUUGCUCCAAGAGUCUAUCUCCUAAUAAGUUUGUGGCCACCUUAGUAAGACAUGUAUUAAACCAUUUCAUAUGAGAUUCUGAUACAAAACGAUCCGAUAAAACUCUGCUGACUUCGCAUUUCCAAAGAGAAAGAAGCAUGUAUUCCUCGGUAAUUUCAUUGGAAUUAGCUUUAAGCAUUCCUUCCCAUACUCUCGAUAAAUCUCUCAAGUUAAACACAUAAUGGAAAUUGGUUGGCGUUGGUAACAUUUUUGAUUUAGUAUUUUGCCAUAUUAAUCUGAAUAUUAAGAUUAUAAGUUAGAUGAUAAAACUCGAAUAUAAGGGGAACUUUGAAAGUUAUAAAAACAAACGAAAAUUUUUGCUUAUUGUCGAGUUGUAUCACCUAGUUGCUUCAACUAGCUUUGGUAUGAGAUCAAUGAUUCUUUGAGGGAAAGACCUCUUUUCGGAAAAAUAUCCGAGGCCAAUAGUGGAAAAAAUCCUAUCAAUAGAUUUAUCGGCGGGUAGAGUACAAUUAAAUAUAGAAAAGUGUCUUUUUAAUCUCUGAGGAAUAUCAUUUCGACCUCCGCCUGGAUGUAUCAUUGCGCCAAUAAAUUGCAAAUCUACAAGCGUAUUAAAAUCUCCUGGCUUAUUUAGACUAUAAAAUCCGUUUGUUUCAAUCAAUUGUCUUGUUAUUUCGUUAGUAACUUGAUCGCCCCAUUCAUUAAUUUCCGGCAUAUUUAUAUCAUCUAUAAAGAUUGUCAUUUUUCUACCAUUUGGUGGACCAUAGGUAGAACCAACUCUCUUGUCUAGAUAACUUUCAAUUGUUUUUUGAAAUGUAAUUGGUUUAGUUUCGGAGGAGAAAUUGUAAAUCUUUGUUAGAUGUUUAUCAGGAUUGUAUGUCUUUAAAUGCUUUUUUACCAUAACUGUCUUUGCGGUACCCUGCUCUCCAAUGAGUAAUACAGCUUUACCCUGCUUACAUAUUGUGUCUAUUAUAUAGGCCAUUCUAGUGUUGUCAACAUUAGGAACAAGAAUAGAUGAAAAAUUAGGCAUAUAAUCUGUUGGAAAAUGAUACUCAGGCACCCUGGUCUCCCAGUGCUCCCAGUUUCCAGACUUUGAAACCAUCCAUUCGAAUGGGUCACCACAAGGAAUACAAAAUCCUGAAGGAUGAUUUCUUAAAUAUUGAACCAAUUUUGUACGAUCAUCUUUUUCUAAAAGAGCUCCGAAACUCCAAAGAAGACUCAUGACAAACAAUUUCUCCAACUUGUAAUCGUUAACAUCGGGAAAUUCCUGAAGAAAACCCUUUGUAAGAUCAAAUGAUUGCGUAAUUCUCAUACAUUGAAGAGUGGGAGUUAAUGGAUUUAAAUUAAUGCUAAAAUAUUCAUCAAUAUCCACAAAUAUUGUUUGAUAUAAUUUGAAGAGUUUGUCAGCUUGACCUGGUGGUCUAUCACGUAGCCUACUUUGAAUAAUUGAUUCCCAAGACAGAGUAAAACUGCUGAUAAAAACCAUACCCAUACGACUAACAGUUGCGGGAGAAGCAUUGUCAAUACUAUGAACUUCAAACACUAAUCUGGAUGUAGAAGACAUUGGAAUACGAUCGCCAUUUGCAAGAGUUAGAGUUUUGUUAUCGUCCAAUACUGAAUUAAGAUUCUCUAUCCAGAGUGCGUCAACUGGUCCGUCUAAAACUAUCCACGAGUGUUCCCCCUUCUUCUUUUUAGUCCUUCUCCACAAAGUUGAAAAUAUUCCGUCCGUCCAAUCAUUUGUUGCCACAUCUAGUUUACCAAACAUUUGAGAUGACGUAAUCGCUUUUGGGUUCAUUCUCAUUUCUCUAUGGAGUUCUCCACAAUCCGUUAAAGAUUUCAUCAAUGUCCUUAUACAAGUAGUCUUUCCGGAUCCAGUAGGACCUAAA